AUGGCUCCUCAGCUUUAUGCGGUCCUCCUCGGCCUCCUCCGUCCUGCACUUCCUUUUAUCCUGGGCCUGUCCUUAGGCUGCAGCCUGAGCCUCCUCCGCGUCUCCUGGAUACAAGGCGAUGAAGGUCCAUGCAUGGAUCGUCCCCACAGCCACCUGGGGAUACAGCUGGGGCAAGGAAAGGCCCACAUGGACGACCUAAAGCCCCGGAUUGUUCCGUACAGCCACCGGCCGCAUCCUUCUCACAAGAAGGUGUUGAGAACCCGGUACAUCCAAUCAGAACUUGGCUUCAGAGAGAACGUCUUUUGGUCACCGUCUUGUCUUCUCGCUCCACCCCUGAACUCGCUGGCUGUGGCUGUGAAUCGAACUCUUUCCUCUCAUGUGAGCCGCUUGUUGUUCUUCACUGGAGCCCGAAGUCCUAAGGCACUCCCAGGAAUGGAGGUCGUUUCUCAUGGUGAUGAGCGCCCCGCGUGGUUAAUGUACCACACCUUGCGUUACCUGGAGGCCCACUUUAUAUCCACAUAUGACUGGUUUUUUGUCUCUCAAGAUGAUUCCUAUAUUAAUGGCUACCACCUGAAGGAGCUUGUAAACCAUCUCAGCCCCGGGCCUCCUGUGUACAUUGGGCAACCCAUGGAGUUCAUUGGAGGCCAGGUGAACUGGAGAUACUGUAAUGGGGCUUCUGGGUACCUUCUGUCCAGAGCUCUCCUCCUCAGGCUGGGGCCCCAUCUGGAUUUCUGCCGCUCUAACAUACUUAGUUCCCGUCCAGAUGAAUGGUUGGGUCGCUGCCUUCAGGACACACUUGGAAUUGCAUGUGUGGCAGAGUAUCAGGGUUUGGUUUACAUCUCCUUCAACCUCCCAAGAAAUGCAGACCUGGAUAAUAUAGAGGCGUCGGCGGUGGUGGGAGCUGUGUCCGCUCACCCUGUGCGGGAUGCCACGCUCAUGUACAGAUUGCAGCGUAAAGUCAGCCAGAUGAGACUGCAGAGAACGUACAGCCGGAUCCAGAGACUCCAGGGUGAAAUUCAGAACCUUUCCUCCCUGACUCCGGAUGGAGAAGCCAGUCUUCUGUGGCCAGUUGGCGUCAACCCACCAUUCACCCCGAAGUCCCACUUUGACUUGCUGACUUGGGAAUACUUCACAGAGACGCACACGUUCUCCUGCCACGAUGGGGCCCCCAAGUGUCCCCUGCAAGGAGUUUGGUUGUUGGAUGUCCAGCAGGUGCUGGAAGAGGCUCUCGAGCAGCUCAAUCAUCGCUAUCAUCCUUGGCUUCACUUCAGAAAGCGCCAUCUGCUGAACGGGUACAGACGCUUUGAUCCCACCCGUGGGAUGGAGUACACCCUGGACCUGGUGCUUGAAGCCACCACGAAGAAGGGUCACGCUGGAGUCAUCAUCAAGCGCCUUAGCCUGCUGCGCCCCCUGGGCCUUGUGGAAAUUCUUCCCAUGCCAUAUGUGACUGAGGCCACGCCGGUGCAGGUGGUGGUACCUUUGAUGCCGGCCGAUGCUGGCCACAUUUCAGCUUUUCUUGAUGCCUUUGCCACAAACCUUCUGGACCCACAGGAGAACGUGGCCCUGACUGUGCUGCUGGUGUAUGACAUGACCUCCUCGGGGCAGGUGCAGGACGUGUUUGAGGGGGUGCGGAGCAUGGUGUCAGAACUGGAGAGCCGGUACACCUUCCUACGUCUGGAAGUGACCAGCGUCCACGCCGAGAUCCCCUCCCAGAUCCGUCUGAUGGAAAUCAUCUCCAAGAAGCAUCCCAUGGAGACACUUUUCCUUCUGCUAAGUGUUUGGAGUGAAGUGACCACGGAGGCGUUGAACCGCUGCCGGAUGAACGCCAUCAGUGCGUGGCAGGUCUUCUCUCCAGUCCACUAUCAGGAAUACAACCCCGACAUGUCCCGACGCAGCUUCUCCACUCCGCCCUCUACGGACUUCCUCCACGAUGGCCACUUUGACCGAUUCUCCUCCUCGGAAUUCUGCUUCUAUAACUCUGACUUCAUGGCAGCUCGCAACAGAAUGGCCACGGAGGUGGGAGCUCCGGAGGAUGAGGAGGAGAACGGUGCCGGCAUGGAGCUUCUGGAACUGUUCCUCAGACACUCCCAGCUGCACAUCUUCAGGGCUCUGGAGCCAGCAUUGGUGCAAAGGUUCUCCCUGAAAAAGUGCAGCACCCUCCAAUCAGGAGAGGGUUACCACCGCUGUGUCCUCAGCAACCUGGAGUCCCUCGGCUCUCGGAUUCAGCUGGCCACGGCUCUCUUUAACCAGGACCAGACCAACAGCACCUAA